CGCUGCGAAUAUUCCAAUACUCGCAGAUUCUGAAAACCAAUGGAACGAAUAUUGCGUUAUUUCAGGUUCUUGUGCGUAUCUUAUAUUGGAAAAUCUCAACUAUUGAAAAAAAUCACUCUGAAAAAGACCAUUUUAUCUCAAAUGUGUAGAUAAUUUGCUAUGAGCGAUGUUUCCUAGUUCAAACGAAUUCAAACGUAUUUGUUUUCUGACGUGAGCUGAUUCACGGAAGUAUAGACCUAUUAUAUAUUGUGAGCGUGGCUAGUGUGUACACAGCUUUGGAUACGUCUGUUUGGAAAUGAACACUUUGUGGAACAAGAGUGCUGCCACAACAACCACGACAAUAUAGCGAUGUCAUGUUGGAAUAUGACUGUAUAGACACUGGCUUGCUAAUGUUUUGAUAGGGAAUUACCAAUGACGUUAACGUAAACCGCUGUGUCACGUGAAACUAUGCGGCUAGCUGAUUUCAUGCCGUUAAUAAUGCUUCCGGUGAUGUGGAACCCGGCCUGUGGCCUAGACUGCUUUGAGUGCUUCUCGUUCAACAAGAGCGACCCCUCCUGCGGAGACCCAUUCCAUCCCGCGUACGGCCGCUACACCGCCAACUGUCUCCAGGGAAGGGAGGGGCGUGUCGGUGGAUUCCCAUCCAAAUACUGCAUCAAACUCAUCGGUAAUACAGCAAAAGAUGACAUUGAGAUGGUAUAUCGGGGGUGUUCUUUGACGACCCUCAACAAUCUCUGUGGGGAAUUCCGGUUUGAGAACGUCCGUUACCAUGGCUGCAUCAUGUCGUGUGCCGAAAACGGAUGCAAUGGGUCAUCCGAUCUGAGCGUCAAGCUGACUUCUCUAUCGUCAGUUGCCUUGACAUUGUUCAUGAUGUUAUCAAAACUCUGGACUCUUUUUUGCAUCGAGGCGUUGUGACGGUGACGUCAGUUGACAUUUGAUAUAUCUCGCAAUAUGGACCCGAUGCCGGCGAUGGCUGACUAUAACAUCGUGAUUGAAAAUGAUUCAAUGCUUGUUUGUGAUGUUUGGUAUACUGACAAAAAUCAUGAAGUGUAAAAUAAUAUAAUAACGUGGAUCUAUUCGAUUCGCCAUUUCUCGUGCAAUACUUGUUCAGUGAUGUGAUACUGUGUACCAAAAAUUCACAUGAAUCAUUACUAUCGCCGACAUUUGUUGCGUCAUUUCUGGUAUAGCUCUGAGGACCUGGGGACUUUGACAGAUUACACUUCCGAUACGGUGAUAACGAGUGAAUAAGCCGUCGUCAAUGAAACUUAUAAUUCCGAUUAACUGAUAAAGUGUGGUGUUUUCCACUUUUUAACUCACCUGAGCACGAAGUGCCCAGUGUGAGGUAUUGUGAUCGCCCAAUGUCCGGCGUCCGUUGUCGGUAUUGUGAUCGCCCAAUGUCCGGCGUCCGUUGUCGGUAUUGUGAUCGCCCAAUGUCCGGCGUCCGUUGUCGGUAUUGUGAUCGCCCAAUGUCCGGCGUCCGUUGUCCAGCGUCAACAUUUGGAAACUUUGAACAUCUUUGAAAUCCCAUGGUACAGACGCAUAGUAUUAGCUAUGCAGUCUUAGUAGUGAUCCUACCCAUUAUGUCGAUAGGCUGGAAAAUGGUGCCGCCCAAGGUGUCACAGGUUUUCUGUAUACUUACAUAGUAAAACUUUAAAUAUCCUUUCUGCCUGCUCAAAUUUCAAUAAAUUUUGAGCAACUUUACCACUGAAUGUUUAUUUGUUGAUUUAGAGACGAAACCGUGAAAACUCCACUGAAGUAUACAAUAGAAGCAAGGGGGACAAAUCUUGCUAUAUAGUGUUACAGUAGGUCAUUCAUGAUUAUUGUCGAUCUUUAAAUGCUUGAGGAACUGCAUCUACAUUAAUCUGAACCCAAAUAAGAUCAAGGAGGGAACAAUAGUGAGGGCUAGGCUCAGGGUCAUGUUAAUGGGUGAAAAAUAGUUGCAUAUGAUUAACCAGCUGAUAAGCCCAUGCUGAAACUCAGUAGGCUUUUGGUAUAAGUGCAUUGGACACUCGGAAUGAAAAAAUCACGCUGAAACUGCUGGGCCAAGACUUUUGAUAAUUUGGUAUGAAGGCUCAUGCAGUGGCCGUUUACCAGACAUGUUUAAAUAAUGUCCCUGGGGUCGAAGCUGACCACAUACCGGUAUCCCAGGUUUUCAAUAUACUUGUAAAGUGAAUUGUUGAAAAUCUUCUCUGAAACCGCAAGGCCAAGAUCCUUGCUAUUUGGUAUACAGUCUCAUGUAGUGGUCGUUUAUCAAUAUUGUUCAAAUAAUGACCAUACAUAUGAAAAAUGGCCCCGUCCCAGCAGUCCUAGGUUUUAUAUAUACCUAUACAGAAAAACAUCUUCCCUAAAACCACAAGGCCAAGACUUUUGAUAUUUGGUAUGUAGCUUAAUUAGUCUAGUGUCAUUGCAAUCAGGUGAGCGAUUGUUGGCCCUCUUGUUAUUGUUUAGCCGGAGAAAAAACAACUUAUAUGUAAAAUCUUAAUGAUUAAGAAUGGGCGGAGCGAGCGUAGUAAAACGAGUCCUUCUUGAUCAUUUAGAUGUUACUUCAGGUCAUCUAACAGACUACAAAUAUAACCUUAUUGGCUGACACGUUAUCAACGACACAGGGAAAGUGUAUCGGAUGAGUGGUAGUAGGCGGACCUUUUUUACAACCGCGAAAGUUGAAAUUCUUAAUACAUGUAAUUUAGCCUAUAACUUAAUAAUUGCCUGUAUGCAAUUUCAUUGGCUGAAAAUGUAGGCUGUAUUCUAAAAUCUAUAAUCAUAAAAUGGCUGUUCAUAGACAUAGCUAGAUAAGAAACUCAUUGAAACUGGUAAUUCAGAGCGCAUGUUUCUCGUUAAUACAAUUGAUACAUGCAUAACUUUAUGACAUAUAAUAAAAUAAUUGUUUAUGUUUAUUGAUUAGCAUCGUCGGACACCCCGAGCCCUUCUGCGCUGUGCUUCGUUGUGCAUGAAGUGUACCGGAAGAAACGACGUGGUUUCCGACAAUUGUUGUUUAGAUGUUAUGACCAUGUAUAUAUAUUAUAUAUAUUAUAUUGC